AUGAAAGACUUGCCUUAUUUCACGGAGCUACCUGAUGGUUUGUGCCAGCUCCCCAGCUUAGAGUUCCUACAGAUUAGAAGAGCCCCAGGCAUCAAGCGUAUUGGCCCAGAGUUCGUACUACCACACCAUCAUGAGCACCCAAGGGCUAUGGAAAACUUUGGUUCUGAUUUGGAAAUUCAGGUAAUCGAAUGUCAAGGCCUCGAGAGGAUCAGCAAUCUGCCAAAUUUCCAUAACCUCGGGAUCAUAGAGUGCCCAGAGUUAAAGGUACUAGAGGGUUUGCCUGCACUUCAGAAACUCGGACUGGAGGACUACGACAUGAAAACACUCCCUGGAUACUUGAAGGACGUAAACCCAAGGGAUUUACUUCUAGACUGUGAUGUCUCACUGCUCGCUUCCAUAGGUAAAGGGAAAUCUAGCCCUGAGUGGGACAAGUUCAGCCAUAUCAAGCAGGUCAGGGCAUAUGAAAAUGAUGACGACAACAACAUUCGAAGGAAGUGGUACGUGAAGUACACGAGAGAUCCUUUCAGCUUGAAGAAAAACAUCAGCCUCUCUGCUGACGCCUCAGGGGAUGAAACAGAAGAAGUGUUGUUGGACGAAGUGGAGGAAAUUUCAAGGGAAGAAAUCCAAGAAGAAUGUGUCAAUGUGGAACAACUGAAGGAGUAA